UAUAUUUUAGUGAAGCCCGAGCACUGCUUUAGUACGUGCUGCGUUGCUUCCAUUUACUCCAUUAAUGGGUUGUUUGCAUUCCAAAGUAAGGGAAUUUCCGGCAGAAGACCCAUUUGCUCUAGCAUCAGAGACAGCCUUCAGUGUUAAUGAUGUUGAAGCAUUAUAUGAGCUUUUUAAGAGCAUCAGUAGGUCCGUCGUUGAUGAUGGACUAAUAAGUAAGGAAGAAUUUCAAUUGGCCAUUUUCGAUAAUAAGAAAAAGGAUAAUCUUUUUACAAGUCGGAUCUUUGAUUUAUUUGAUGUUAAGAAAAAGGGAAUGAUUGACUUUGGUGACUUCGUUAGAGCGCUCAAUGUCUUCCACCCAUCUGUACCUAUAGAAGUCAAGAUAGAUUUUUCAUUUAGGCUCUACGACUUAGACAAUACGGGAUUUAUAGAGCGUCAAGAGGUCGAGCAAAUGCUAAAUGCACUUCUUUGUGAAGCUGAAAUUAAGUUGUCAUAUGAAAUGAUAGAAACAAUUAUUAACAAGACUUUCUUGGAUGCCGACCUUAAUCAAGAUGGAAAAAUAGACAAGUCUGAGUGGCUAAACUUUGUUUGUGAAAAUCCUUCAUUAUUAAAAGUCAUGACCCUGCCAUACCUAAGGGACAUAACAACUACUUUUCCAAGUUUUGUAUUUCACUCAAAGGCGGAGGAUGAAAUUGCCGAUUAA